UUUAUGGUUUAGGCAAUGUCGAAGUGCUGUUGAAAUUGGAAUGACUUGCAAUUUUUUUCAAGCAGACUUGUUGUUAGGUUGCAGGCCUAACUAUAAUGAACGAAAGUCCGCUGAGUGUAGUGUAUUGCAUGCAGUCAUGCGUCCGUCUACACGUCCACACACAUCAUUAUGCGUGGUGUUUGGGGUCCGACGUCCGCCUCGCUUCUCAUAAUGGCGUGGUGGACGUCGGAUCCCGCAGUUCUCAGGGUAGGAUGGUGUUUUGGCUCAUGGGCAGUUUGUGUAUGCAGAGAUGGCCAGGAUUCUGAAGCAUCUAUCGUCACCUCUUCUUCGUCCACUGAAGCCAUUUAACUAUGGAAGUGUCACACAGCUUUGUCAGAUCAGUUCAAGUUGUCGGUCUUUGAAGAGUGGAAGAUUCAAUGAGCCACUAAGCGGCAUGGAAUGUGCCAGAGCUGGGGGAAUUGCUACCAUGUAUCGAUUGCCAUUCCAGGAAGAUCCAAAAGGUCUUGACGUCUGUUUUGUCGGCAUACCGUUGGACAUCGGGACAUCAAACCGAUCUGGGGCAAGGUUAGGACCUCGGCAGAUAAGAAUGGAGUCAGUGCUCGUCAGAAACAUUAGCACCAUAGGUGCUGCACCCUAUGAAUCCUUACAAGUUGCAGACAUUGGAGAUAUCAACAUCAAUCUCUACGAUCUCAAGAAGACUGUACAGAUGAUCAAGGAAGCCUAUGUCAAAAUCUUUGCUGUUAACUGUACCCCUCUAACUCUUGGGGGAGACCACACGCUGACUUAUCCCAUACUUCAAGCCGUCAAGGAGAAAUACGGGCAGAUUGGUCUCGUGCAUGUAGAUGCGCACAAUGAUUGUGAAGACAUAAUGCUAGGAGAGAAGAUUGCCCAUGGUACACCGUUCCGACGAUCGUUAGAGGAAGGGAUCAUUGACCCCAAGAAGAUGGUUCAGAUUGGUCUGAGAGGGUCUGAGUACUCGGCAAACUGUCAUCAGUGGCAGAAAGACUUGGGUGUCAAAGUAGUGGUUGUGGAGGAGUGUUGGCAUAAGUCACUGGUCCCUCUCAUGGAUGAAGUCCGAACAAUGAUAGGUCCUGACAUCCCUGUUUACAUCAGUUUUGAUAUUGAUUCAUUGGACCCAUCUGUAGCUCCAGGGACAGGCACACCGGAAUUAGGUGGGUUAACUUCCAUCCAAGCAAUGGAGAUACUACGAGGUUGUAAGGGGUUGAACAUCAUUGGUGGUGACAUGGUAGAGGUUUGUCCGGCCUAUGAUCCUCUGGGGACCACAGCUCUUAUUGCAGCCAACCUCUUAUUUGAGAUGCUGUGUGUUCUCCCAGGAGUCAAAUACCACAAGAUUCUACCCUGAUGAUGCAGUUGUCAUCCAGAGUUAUUCUGAACUUACCUUAAAAAUGGAAAUGAUCUGAACUGCCGUGCACGCAUAAUCACUUGUUGAGAGUGUCUUGAUAAAGCACCGGUGCUAAUUAAGUUGUAACUUUAGGGUUAGUUCCAUUUAAAUGACUGAUUGCUGAAUUAUGGAAAACCACAGUAGGCCUGAACCCAAAAUUGAAAAGAAAAGCAAAUUAGCUCCUGAUGAAGACCAGGGCAUUUAAGUGAAAAUGUCAAAACGUCUGUUUUGUUCAGUGUAAGGAUCCAUGAGGGUCAAUAGAGAUCAUUACAGAACCCCCUUACUAAAGAUUGAAACUAUUUUGUAGCAUGUUGAAGGAUCAGGAACUUAAUCUACUGUGUCUUGCAAUUUCUGCUUGUUCAAGUUGACUUCUUUUCCUACUUGUCAUCCGAACAGCUGCUUAGCUUAAACUCUUAUGAAGAGGGAGGGGAUCAGAUGUUAGAGCUGGUCAGUCCCCAUUAUGUCAUCCUGGAGUAUUGAUUACUGGUUUGUAGCAAUUUACAGAUAUCAACUUCUUAAUUUUUUCAUUCAUGUCAAACUCGUUGUUGAAAACUUUCUUGUCCAGCUAGUAAUAUUUAAAAAAAAAAGUUUCUUUGUUUUUAUUAUUCAUAAGGACUGAAAUAAAGUGCUGAUACUGCAUGAAAUAGCCGGUGUGACAGGUGUUCCGGCCACUCCCUAUUUUUACAAAUUGGGAAUUUACUGAAAUUUUACUAAGAUGUAUUGACUACGGUAUCAUAAUUAAUUAAUCAAAGGUAUGCAACAGCUUUUGGUUUGUUCUUCUGAUUUGAUUUGAUACCUAUGUAUAUAAUUUAUAGACCAACAGUCUUCCUUUUGACUUUUUGUAGUGAUUCAUUACUAAAUUGAAAAAGGUUAAGAAAUAUUUUUAAAAAAUUGACCAUAUCUAUUACUCGUUUAACCCUUUAAAUUUCUUAAAAAUACAUUAUAUCUUUUAUGACAUUAUUAUGAAUGUUUAGCAUUUGUUUUGUAUUAUAUCAUUAAACCAGAGGAACUAAUGAAA